AUGGCGGCGCGACACCCCCACCGGCGCCUCGAACGGCGAACUGCUCUGCGAGUGAAGAGAAAAGAAGACGCGAAGCGGGACGCCGCUGCCGCCGCCGCAGCAGCAGCCAGCGGAGCGAUGGAGAGAUGGAACCGGCGGCUCGGCCUCCUCGAGGGGCCGCCGGCCUUGGUGGUCGCCCUCGUCGUCUUCCUGCUGCCGCUGGCGCUGGGGCCGGUCUCGGCGGCGGCGGCGGCGGCGGUGGCGGCCGGCGCGGGAGCCGCCGAGGGCAAGGAGUGCGACAAGCCCUGCGCCAACGGAGGGCGCUGCCAGCCCAGCACCGGCCAGUGCGAGUGCCGGCCCGGCUGGGUCGGGGACCAGUGCCAGCACUGCGGGGGCCGCUUCCGGCUUACUGGACCUUCAGGGUAUGUCACAGAUGGACCUGGAAACUAUAAGUACAAAACAAAGUGCACGUGGCUCAUUGAGGGAUGGCCAAACUCAAUCCUUAGGCUCCGCUUUAAUCAUUUUGCGACGGAAUGUAGCUGGGACCACUUGUACGUAUAUGACGGUGAUUCAAUUUAUGCUCCAUUACUGGCUGCUUUUAGUGGUCUUAUUGUUCCUGAGAGGGAGAGCAAUGAGACAGUCCCAGAAGUUGUAGCCACUUCCGGCUAUGCUCUCUUGCAUUUCUUCAGUGAUGCAGCUUACAACUUGACAGGGUUUAACAUCACCUACAACUUUAAUGUGUGUCCACAUAACUGCUCUGGCAGAGGGGAAUGCAAGCUCACCAACAGUAGCAAAGUGGUUGAAUGUGAGUGUUCGGAACAUUGGAAAGGAGAGGCCUGUGAUAUUCCCUAUUGCCCAGAAGAUUGUGGCUACCCAGACAGAGGGCAGUGCAAUAUGAAUAGUACUCAAGAAUGUGUGUGCUUCUCUGGCUGGCAAGGUACAGACUGCUCAGUUCCUGUUCCAGCAAACCGCUCAUUUUGGACUCGUGAAGAAUUCAACAUUCCCAAGCUUCCUAGAGCCUCCCAUAAAGCUGUUGUCCAAGAUGAUGUCAUGUGGGUGGUUGGCGGCUACAUGUUUAAUCACACGGAUUCUGAAAUGGUUUUGGCGUAUGACCUUAAUUCCAGAGAAUGGCUGCCCCUGAACAGCAGUGUGAAUGCAGUCGUGAUCAGAUAUGGGCAUUCUCUGGCCUUACAUGAAAAUAAAAUCUACAUGUACGGCGGGAAGGUAGAUGAAUCUGGGAAUGUAACUAAUGAACUGUGGGUGUUCCAUAUUGCAAACCAGUCCUGGGUUCACAUGAUCCCAAAGGCCAAGGAGCAGUAUGCUGUCGUUGGACACUCGGCACACGUUGUCACACUGGAUAACGGUAACGUGGUGAUGCUGGUCAUCUUUGGGCACUGUCCUCUUUACGGAUACAUCAGCAGUGUGCAGGAAUACAAUCUGGCAACGAAUACAUGGAGUAUUCUGCAAACAACUGGAGCCUUGGUCCAAGGAGGGUAUGGCCACAGUAGUGUCUAUGAUCCAAAUACCAAGUCCAUCUACACCCAUGGAGGUUACAAGGCAUUCAGUGCCAACAAGUACAGGCUAACAGAUGAUUUAUACAAGUAUGAAAUUAAUACGUCCAUGUGGACAAUUCUUAAAGACAGCAAGCUUUCCCGAUACUUGCACUCCGCUGUGAUCAUCAGCGGGACCAUGCUCGUUUUCGGAGGAAACACCCACAAUGACACAUCCAUGAGCCAUGGCGCCAAAUGCUUUUCUUCAGACUUUAUGGCAUAUGACCUGGCUUGCGACUGUUGGUCUGUGCUUCCUCAACCUGAUCUUCACCAUGAUGUCAACAGAUUUGGACAUUCUGCUGUGCUGAGCAACAACACCAUGUAUGUAUUUGGAGGCUUUAAUAGCCUGCUCUUGAGUGACAUCGUGAAGUACAUUCCAGAAAGCUGUGAAGCAUACAACAAUGAAACCGCCUGCCUAAGGGCGGGCCCCGGGCUCCGGUGUGUGUGGAAUGGCUCCACCCCGCAGUGUCUCCCUCUGGAAAUGGUCCCAGUGCACCAAGAACAGAGAAAGGCUGAGGAAUGCCCUUGCUGGCUAGCUGACCAUGAAAAAUGUGAUCAGAUUACAGACUGCUACAGCUGUACAGCCAACACGAACCGGUGCCAUUGGUGCACUGACCAGUGUGUGUCAAGGAACAGCAACUGCUCGGAGGACCAGACUCCCAUUGCUACAUUUGAAAAUUGCCCAAAGGAUAAUCCUGCAUUUUACUGUAACAAAAAGACAAGCUGUAAGAGCUGCAGCCUGGAUCAGAACUGUCAGUGGGAAGGCCGGAAUCAAGAAUGCAUCGCUUUGCCUGAGAACAUCUGUGGGGCAACUUGGCACUUGGUCGGCAAUUCCUGUUUGAGAAUCUCAAAUACGAAAGACAGCUACGACAAUGCUAAGCUGGCCUGCAGGAACCACAAUGCUGCUCUGGCAUCACUCACUACCCCAAAGAAGGUGGAAUUCCUUCUCAAGGAACUCCAGAAGACCCAGUCCUCGCCCAAAGCCUUGACGCCGUGGGUCGGACUGCGGAAGAUCAACAUAUCGUACUGGUGCUGGGAAGACAUGUCUCCUUUUACGAACACUUCGCUCCAGUGGCUGCCGGGAGAGCCAAGCGAUAUUGGGUUCUGCAGCUACUUAGCAGAGCCAAGCAACCGAGGGCUGAAGGCAGCAACGUGCAUCAACCUGGUCAAUGGCAGCGUCUGUGAAAGGCCUGCCAACCACAGUGCCAAGCAGUGCCGCACCCCCUGCGGCUUGAGAACGGCAUGCAGCGAAUGUACCAGCAGCAAUUCUGAAUGCAUGUGGUGCAGCAACAAGAAGCAGUGCGUCGACUCAAACGCAUACGUGGCCUCCUUCCCUUACGGCCAGUGCAUGGAGUGGCACACCGUGAACAGCUGUCCACCUGAAAAUUGUUCCGGCUAUUUCACUUGUGGUCACUGUUUGGAGCAACCUGGCUGUGGCUGGUGUACAGAUCCCAGUAAUACAGGCAAGGGGAAAUGCAUUGAAGGGUCUUCCAGAGGUCCAGUAAAGGUGCCAAAGCCAAAUCCACCUCCAUCACCGACAGGAGGAAAAUCCUAUCUAGAACCGGUCCUUGAUGUCACCAUGUGCCUGGCUGAGAACAAUUAUAACUGGUCAUUUAUUCAGUGCCCAGCCUGCCAGUGUAACGGGCACAGUAAAUGUGUCAAUGAGAGCAUCUGCGAGAGAUGCGAGAACCUGACGACUGGCAAGCACUGUGAGACCUGUAUCUCUGGUUACUAUGGAGACCCCACGAAUGGAGGGACCUGUCAACCUUGCAAGUGUAAUGGCCAUGCUUCUAUCUGCAAUACAAACACAGGGAAGUGUUUCUGUACCACCAAAGGAAUCAAAGGAGAGGAAUGUCAACUGUGCGAGGUCGAAAACAGAUACCAGGGCAAUCCCCUCAAAGGAACGUGCUACUACACUCUUCUUAUUGACUAUCAAUUCACGUUCAGUCUCUCACAAGAAGAUGAUCGCUAUUAUACAGCAAUCAAUUUCGUAGCAACGCCCGAAGAGCAAAACAGAGACUUGGACAUGUUUAUCAACGCUUCUAAAAACUUCAACCUCAACAUCACUUGGUCAACGAGUUUUGCAGCUGGUACUCAGGCAGGGGAGGAGAUUCCAGUGGUAUCAAAGAGCCAGAUCAAGGAGUAUAAGGACAGCUUCUCCAAUGAGAAAUUUGACUUCCGCAACAAUCCCAACAUCACCUUCUUUGUCUACGUCAGCAACUUCACCUGGCCAAUAAAAAUACAGAUCGCAUUUUCGCAGCACAGUAACUUUAUGGACCUGGUACAGUUCUUUGUCACUUUUUUCAGCUGUUUCUUGUCUCUGCUCCUUGUCGCUGCUGUGGUUUGGAAGAUUAAGCAAAGCUGCUGGGCAUCGCGGCGGAGAGAGCAACUUCUCCGGGAGAUGCAGCAGAUGGCCAGCCGACCCUUCGCCUCCAUCAACGUUGCCUUAGAAACGGACGAGGAACCACCUGAUCUCAUUGGCGGAAGUGUUAAGACCGUCCCCAAACCCAUAGCGUUGGAGCCCUGUUUUGGCAACAGAGCUGCUGUUCUCUCAGUAUUUGUGAGGUUGCCAAGAGGCCUGGGAGGGAUUCCCCCACCGGGGCAAUCAGGUCUUGCGGUAGCCAGUGCUUUGGUGGACAUUUCACAACAAAUGCCUAUUGCCUACAAAGAGAAAUCAGGAGCAGUACGGAGUCGCAAACAGCAGCCUCCAGCCCAGCCUGGAACCUGUAUUUGAUGCAUGGACAUCAGAACUCCCUGUUUAGGGUUUUAAAUCCAAGGGACGAGGAGGCGGCGGCGGCGGACAAAAACGUUGCAAGGUUUGUGGCGCAAAGGAGACCUCGAAGCACCUGGGCGUAGUUUCUGGGAGCGUCCAGCCCUUCUACUUGGCGUUGUCUUAGUUGGCUUUUUCUGACACCGGCCCCAUCUUAGAUUUGCCAACCCCAUCGUGCCGUACGGCUCCAUGUUUUUAUGUUGCUCUCCCCUCUACGGUUGAAGGCCGUUUAUUGCAAGUCCGUUAGCAUCCGUCUCCACCUUUGAAGAUUGGCAUUAAUGGUGAAGAGCCAUGCGAAGACAAAGAACUCUCGGCUUUUAUAUGUGGAAAGUGCUUUGUGGUACUUGAUUCCCCCCCCCCCCCCCCCGUUGUAUGAGAAAAGAUGCACCACUUACAGAUAAUUUUCUGCCCUCAGCAGUUAAACCCUAGGAUUUAAGGAGAAGCUAACUGAAUUUCCUCCAGGAUCCUGAUGCUAUAAACAUUCUAUUUAUUUCUCUCUUAUUUAGAGCUCUCUUCCAAACACAGUGCAUUCAUUCUGUUGGGGUUAUGUCUGUAGCUUUAUUUUCAUCCAUCCGACUAUAUUAAAGUCUGGGAUGGAGCUGAGUAUGGUUGGAUACUUUCCGUAGCUUCAGCUAAAACUCCUUUCGCUGUAGGAUUAAGUGUUUCCCAUGUGGAUCCAUGUGGUGGUGGAAAUAUGUGCAAGUGUCCCAAGGUUUUAAAUAGCACGAGGAAACAAGGAAAUUGGCACAGCUAGGCGCUUACGUAACUGCAUCCCUCUUUUUGCCCUAGGCAAUCCAUGGCCUUUUUUUGUGCUGCACCCAUCAGAUGCUAACCUGUUUCAGGGUGAUGGAGCACUGGUGACGUAAGGAAGGGAACUAUAACGCUGUGGCUGAGCUGCCUGGUGUGUCUGUUUCCGCCAAGGGCAGCAAUUGCGUUGGCAUUUUGUCUUUUAGGAUUCUCCCGGCCCCCUUUCCUGUACUUCUUUACUCAAUUAGGGCUCCCCAAUUCGUGGGAAGGGCCACUUCCUGCGUUUCGGAGGAUGUGCUCCCAGCCUCUUCCUGCCGCUUCUCUUUCCGUACCGAUGGAUAACCCCGCGCAUCAGACAAGCGUACAUCAGUCCAGGGCAGAAUCUGUGUUCAUGACCCUACAGAGAGGCUGGCAGACACGGGUGCGUCCUUUUGCGGUACUCCGUGGCCUUCCGCUGGGUCUUGAGAAAUAGAGACGCUGCUUCCUAGGGACAAGAGGGCCUUCCUGUUUGACCCGUUAGUGCCCCCUUGAUGAUCCAGAUUUGGCUGCAGCUGGAAACCCAGGAAUGCUUCUAUUUAUUUGUCCUCGAUCCGUCCUGGGAAGUUCUCAGCGUUGUACGUUCUAGACGGAGAUCAGCAGAAAUGUGGGGUUUUAUUAGCUGGCAGCAAUAGAAGCAAGAGCCUUGAGAUGCAACAAAUGUUGGCUUGGCUCUUAAGUGUCAAAGUUGUUAUAACUCAGGUUUCACUUGCUCUUAACACCUAUUAAGUUUCCCCUCCCCCGAAUAUCGACCACAUGUGUGCGUGUUUGGAAGAGAGCAAAAUAGCUUCCAAAAUGGAGUGGGAAUUGUAAAUGUAUCCCUCUUUGCUUAAACUGUGUUCAACUUACAAAUGAACUGUUGAUGACUGCUUGACAGUGCAUGCCACUCCAGUCCAUAGAGAGGUCGCGCGAGUCGCUCCAUUAGCCGUAGCGAGAAUCGUACCGCAAUUGCAUUCAUAUCCUCCCGACUGACCGAAAGCCCUGCAGAGCAGCCUCUCUGUGCAUGCGGGGAUCAACAGAGGCUGCGCGCGCCCCCCCUUGCAUUGCAGGGUUGCUUCUGUUUGACCGGCCAGGAGCUGUCCCUGAUGCUACACGGACUGGAGAAACCGCUGGGCGCCCUGGUGAACCUCGCCCAGGCCAGGUUCUGCUGGAUCAAGGUAGCUGUGGUUUCUUGAGGAUGGAACUAUGCAUUGCAUUUGCUAUGAGGCUGCCAUCCCAAAUGGCAUUUCAGUGUCGGGUUCACACACAUACGCACACCCCACGUGCGUGCACACACAUGCAGACCUUUGGGCCCAGUUAGACUGUGUUGUAUGCCAUGGAGUUGUGUGUCCGUCCGUCCCCAAUAGCAAUCAUGUGAGGGGUGCCCCCCCCCCAAUAGCAACCAUGACCUGCUGCAACUGAAGUGGGGGGUGGGGGGUUAUGUGUGCACAAAUGACCAUGUCAUGACCUGGAGUAAACGCUCCUCCUGUUAUGGGGAACAGCUCCACAUAGAGAUGCUGUUAUUGAAGCAUCGAGUGUCAUGUGCAGUCCCCCCUCCGAGGCUUAAGCCUUUAGUAACUGCAUCCCCCCUUUCAUUCCUGAAUGCAGUGAUGUAUUAUAGUUGUCUUUUGAGUGGACUGCUGGGGAGGGGGCCGGAAAUGGGGAAGGCCAGGAUUUAGGGUGGGGGGUGGGGGGUGGAGCGGCUGUACCACUGGAAUUACCACAUCGUUUGCAUCUCAUAACCAGUGAGUGGUGAGUGACCAAAGCUUCCUUGUUUUGGAUUGCCUGGCCAGAAAUGUUGCAGUUGUGCAUAUUAAUGGAUCUGUACCUACCUGAACCCCACAGAACUGGAACAAUUGUAUGAUUAAAAGAGCAUCUCUUUGUUUUUUCUAAUUUGUUUCCUUAAAGCUGCGCAUGAAUUGAAUUGUCCUUGGAAAGCUGGGAAGGGUGGAAAUGUACCUUUUAAGUCCUUUUUUUUUUAGAUGUAAGGGAAUGCGCUAAGUUACCUCAUUUUUUUCCUGAAAAGAAUUUGACACCUCUUCCCUAGGGUGCAACAGCUACCCAAGCAAAAGAACUGGGUGCUUGAAACGUCUUGUGUUCUUCUUGCGUGAACGGCUCUGGAGGGGUGUUUUUUUUUUGUAGCGGAAGUGCGCCUGAAGCUAUCGUGGAUUAGGAGCUGCAGGGUUUAUUGUUCCACGUCCUCCUGCAGAGCCAAAUCCUUACUUCCUGGGCCAUCGGCUGGUUCAGGAGCACAGAUUGCAGGGCGGUGAGGAAUCGCGUUCCCAUGUGGUCCGUCCCCAGGAGAACUGUGACCACCAUGGUCACUUCCCUUUGGACACUGAAGAGCAUUGGGGGGGGAGGCAUGAUAAGGUUUUCUUCCUCCCCCCCCUCCAAACUCAGGCAAGACCUGAAACUCUCAAUGCCAAGCAGUGCUGUCCCUUGGUAGCAGCAAUAACAAGGAUGUCCCCCACCCCCUCCGCUGGGAGGUGAAGACAGACAACAUUAAUCCAGCAAUUGCACUCGAAUAGAGCCAAAAGCAUGAAAGAUGUGCAUGUUUGGGGGAGCGCAUCAGUUCAGAGGGCCGUGGGUCUUAGCUUUGCUGAACCCAGAAGCUGCAUCAUAAGUACCUUCCGGCCAGUUGGUUUUAUCCGCGUCUUCAAAGGUCAGUUGCCCAACUUAGCAGUUGGCCAAGCCCGCAAAUUGCCGCCGUUGAGUCAGAACGCUGACAUAAUCAACAUCUUUAAAGUUCCUCAGAGGGCUAAAAAGACUUAAGAAAAUACCACCAUCUCUUAUUUUUACCAGAUUACCUGUCAAUAAAAAAAAAAUGGUAAUGCUGCCUUGGCAUUUGUACGUAAGACUUAGACAGUAGCGUGCAGAAUGUCAAGCGCUUAUUGUGUCUGCAAAAUGGAAAUGUACUUUUGGAUGCGUUUCAGGACUAUGGAUGAGUUUCGUAUUUCGCGACUGGUGCAUGUACUGAGCGUGAAGGCUGCAGAGCUUUUAAGCUGUCAGCUUAUUUAAAUACCUGGUAGUCUAUAGAGUGGAGAGGGAACGGCAUCCCCGAGUAACUGCAUGUCUGAAUUCCUAGGGCAGCCUCAGCCCGGAACGUCUCUUGCGCACACAAGCUGCCCUGAAAUCAGUGGGACUUGCUCAUGGGAGACCAUGUCAAAUGAACCAGACUCGCACCCGUCCCUCCACUGAUGCGGGUGCCAUUUAAUUAGUACAUGCCAAUGCUCCUAUUUUUCUGCGACUUUGCCCACAGGGAGGGGUGAGCGAAGUUUGAAAAGGGAUUUGCCAAGCAGUAUUUGAAAUCUUGAGUUCUAUAAGGUUUGAGGCUCUGGAUGCAACUAAAUUUGGGGUGUGUCUAGGAACACUUCUUUUACAUUUAGAGGAUAGAUACUCGUUCAUUGUUUUACAUCUCCCCCUCUUCCACACAUUUCUUCCGGCAAGUUUGGCAAGGCUUGGAGACCACUGCCGUACAGUUAUUAGUCAAUGCUGGUCUGUACUUUGUACACCGAGACAGACGGGUGUUUUCGGGGAUGCCUUUGGCACGCCCCUCAGAAUUGCCAGGCCAAAAAUGUCACAGAUGCCAAAGUACCAACUUUUUAUGACUGCCUGGUGCCAGAGAUUCUCAUUCUCUCCCCCUCCCCAAAUCUCCUCCGUGAAUAAUGUACCUAACUGUGGUGAAUUGCAAGCGUUGAAAGAAUGCCAGGCUGUGAAAACACCUCUUGACGGGUACCUGUUUCCUUCUAGUUACCAUGCACACUGUAUUUAAAAAAAUUAAUCCCCCUACAGAGUCUGUUGCUAUAGGAGAAUAUAUUUACUUGGUAUCCGGUAUGCUUUUAAAAUUACUGUCAGAAAUGGGCUUUGACGAAAUGCCUGCUCAGUAACGGAACGACGGCGAAGACCUUGGCUGCUAGUUAGUGUGGUGGCAAAAGAAACUGAGCUGCAUUCUGUGGUGAGAAUGCUGUCCUUCCUUAUAGGGCUGAUUACUGAGAUAUUGGCCCCGUUCAGACAACACGCUAAACCAUGCUGCUUAACCACAAAAUGGUUACUGCAUUCCAUUAACCAUUUUGUGGUUAAGCAGCAUGGUUUAGCGUGUUGUCUGAACGGGGCCAAUGUAUGCAAGAUGUUUCAGACACUCAAGAGCUAUGUAAAUACUACUACUACUUCUUUUUUCUUUUUUUUUAAGAGGGACCAGUCACUAAAAAAGGCUCAACUCCUUCCGGCUGCUCAUCACCCUCACACAAAUCAGCUUUCUCAAUCCUGUCUCCUUACAAUAGGUAACAAUUCAUUGAUUUCCUUCUGCAUAACAAUCGCAAAUGUGCAACGUCCCAAGUCACCGGCGUCCCUGUAUCUCCGGUUCUCCAGGUGUAAAUUGGAGCCACUGAGUCACAGCCUGCAGGUUAAGUGUCAGAGCACCACGUCUUGAUCGUGUCCCAUUUCGUCCCAUUUGAGCCUUUAUCAUUUUGAAAGCUGCUUUGGGGUCGUCAGUCAAACAAUGAUAUAUUUUUUAAAAAAAUUAUCAUAAUCAAGUUACUUGGUUAUCUCCUUUCUGCCCAGUCCCCCCAAAAUUGUCAUCCAAUUUUCCCCCGUAGGGAAAGUGUAUUUUGGACACACAGGCUCAGUUUCCCAAGAUUCAAGGAGGAAUAGCUUUUUAAAAUAAUAAUAAUAAUAAUAAUAAUAAUAAUAAUAAUAAUAAUAAUAAUAAUAAAAUUGUCACAAGGAAGGAGAGAGUCUGAAGCAUCUUUGCAUCUGCUGUGGCUGUGUAGUAAAUGACAGCGUGCCCGCCCAUCUGUGGAGCGGAAAUAGUGUCUGGUUGUGCUGCUUUUGCUGGUCAAAGAAAAUUGUCUUAUAAGUGAGGCCUCAAAAUGCAAACCAGUGGCAAAUGGCUACUGGAAUAACCUCUUCGGAUCCUGUUCCUCAUUAGACCGAGCAACAGCUUGUAAAAAGAGAUGGACCCUAGAUCAUCUAGGAUCUAUCUAGUCCAGUAGCGGAUUUCCAGCCUCUGCAAAACGUAUAAAAGCAGAGCACAAAGGCAACAACACCCUCCCCAUACACCUGGGAUGUCCACACUAGGGGUGUGCACGGACCCCCCAAUCCGCUUCGUGGCCCGAUCCGGAAAAUCCGGAUUGGGCCUGAUCCUCUUCGCGCCGCUCCGCCCGUCUCCCGCUCCGCGGAGUGAGAUAUCCGGCUUCACCGUCGUCGCUACAUGGAUGACGGCGGUGGCGCAAGAAAAGCCACCACCCCUCCGCCCCCUUACCUCCAUCCGUCACGGGCUUCAAUUGAGGCCCCGGUUGAAGCUGGAAGAGGCCUCGGCCUUCACUUCCACCUUCAACCAGGGCCUCAAUUGAAGCCCGCGAUGGACGCAGGUAAGCGUCCCCUCUCCACUUACCUGCAGGCGAAGCUCCGGAUUGAGGUGAUCCUCUUCGCCUCGAUCCGCAGCCCCCCUGACUCUCUUCGCCUCCGCCUUUUCCGGAGGCGAAUUAGGCCACCUCGCUCCUGCUUCUCUGAACCGAAGAGAAGCGGAGCACAUCCCUAGUCCACACCUCCCUUGACCUAUUCAGAGAGAUGCUGUCUCUGGACCGGCAAGUUGCGUUUAAAGCCAUCUAAGCUAGUGGCCAUCACAGACAGCGAUAUGUAAAAUGGCCACCUCCACCUUCCCCAUUUCCACCUCCCUUUGAAAUAAAUGGAGUUUAAGUUUGCCGUUGUGAUUUAAUUCUCCUUCCAUGCUUUCAGUGGGACUUGGCCACCAUUAUGUUUUGCUGGAUGGUGUCCUUUAGGUGUCCGCCAAUUCUCCUUUUUGUCUGUUCAGUAGCUCUGUAGUGUCCUAAGCGAGGAGGCUGAAAUUGCUUUGAAUUCUGUCUUGUUCUUUAGAUUCUGGCACCCGCUGCUAGUACCUGUCCCAGCAUCUGAAAUUAAAUUCAGGAUGAGGUAGCAGCGCUGCUUCAGUUGGCAACUUUCUCACCCGCCACCCUCGGAAAACUACUCCAAUAAACACAGUUUUCCUAGAAUAAACUCUUUUUUUGCGUCUUCCAGAUUCAGAGUGCUUUUGACACUUGAGCUGUGGUCCCUUGACUUUGGAAAUGUGCUCCCAAUACCCAAGCUAUGGUGGGGAAAUUAAGUGAAAUUUGUCAUGGUGUAUAAAAUAAUGUGAGCCCUUUAAGAAAGAGAAAGAAACCCCAUCUGCUUCUAUUACCCUGAAAUUUGUGCACAAUGCGUUGUUCUCUCUAGAGCUCUUGAAUUAAUUUUCUCUUUUGAAUUCGUUUUCGUUUUUCUUCCCCUACAGUUCUUUUUCUUUUCUUUUUUUACUAUUCUUCUGUAUUUGGACCUGAGCUUAGUUUCUGUUCAUAUGUAUAAUUUAGCCUUUAUUGCAUUCAUAUGUAAAUAACGAGUAAGUAUUGUAAAGUAUUUCAUUGCUGGGGGUGGUAUUAAAAAUACACAUUUUAGGGCUGCUGGUUUUUUCGUAUUUUUUUGUAUUGUAAAAGAAAAUUUAAAAAAAACAGCUAAUUUAAAAGCAGGAACAAGGUGAUGAAGACAUGAAUUUUGAAACACCAAUGUGAACUAUGUGUAUAUAAAUACAAGUAAAUAAUGAAGAAACUUUUCCCCCCUUCUGGAAUAAAAAGUAGAAGAUCUGGUUAAACA